AUGGACGAUUUACUAGGGGCUUCUGAGAUUGGUGAUGUGACAGGAGUGCGACAGCUCCUCAAGGAAGGCACUGAUAUAGACUUGCGGACCUGGCUACUGUUAGCUUCUCGCUGCGGCCGCGCAGAAGUGGUCAGGCUACUGCUCGCACGAUGCGCAGUAGUGGACCCGACGGACGAAGGUAACCGAACACCGCUGUCAUGGGCGUCACAGGGGGGUCAUGAGGCUGUGGUUGAGAUCCUACUCAAGGCCGGUGCCAAAGUCGACUCACAGGAUAAUAACGACCGGACACCGCUCUUCUACGCUGCGAUGCACGGCCAUGACAACGGCCAGACGCCGCUAUCGCAGACGUCAAGGAUGGGUUAUAGACCUAUGGUCAAGAUCCUACUCAAUGCCGGUGCUGAAGCCAACUUACAGGAUAAGAACGACCGGACACCGCUAUUCCGCGCUGCGAUGCACGGUCGCAAGGGAGUGGUGGAGGAGCUCAUUAAGGCUCGUGCCGGAGUCAACUCACUAGACGUUGAGGACCGGACGCCGCUGUGGUGGGCUUCAGCCUUUGGUUAUACAUAUACAGUCCAGAUCCUGCUCGGGGCCGGUGCUAGAGUCGACUCACGGAAUAAGUAUGGCGAGACACCGCUGUUGGCGGCUUCCAUGUCGGGGUAA